CUGGGCCUCUUGACCUGCACAGUGAAUAUAAGGAGAGCUACCAUGUGAGACACAGCAUCGUCAGCUCAGAGAGACUCUGAAACCUUCACAGGAAUCUUCACACACACACAGAGAUGCAUCUCUCUGUCCUUUUCAUGCUGGGCAUCUGCCUGGUGCCUGCCCACUCCAAGCCUACGGGUGAAUCUUUACUGGAUCGCUGUUUUAAUGAUGCGAAAAAACUCGUGGAUGAUGCAUACAAGUACUCCAGAGAAGAGAGUCUGAGGAGGGUCCGCAAGGACGUGGUGAGUCCUCACGAUGUCCUUCGACUCCUGAAGCAGCCCCGUGGUGACACCCGCUCAGCCGUGAGGUCUGCAGACUAUGUGGCGCAAACCCUUCGUCUGCUGCACGAGAGGAGCAAUCACGUGCACAAGCGCUCGCUCAACGCAACAGAUUUGCUCUCUGCGGAAGACCUGAGAAAACUCGCUCAAAUAAGCGGAUGUGAAGCACGAACCCGACCCCCGUCGUGCCUCACCACGCAAAACCUUGACAAGUACCGCACGGCCACCAGCAUCUGCAACAACCUAAAUAACCCUCGCCUCGGAGCUGCCAAUACACCCUUCACCCGCUGGCUGCCCGCUGAAUACGACGACGGCAUCUCCCAACCGAAAGGGUGGGACGCUAACCGCACAUUCAACAACUUCCUACUCCCACUGGUGCGACAGGUGUCCAACAAUAUCCUAGCCACAACAGAUGCAGGAGUGGUGAAUGACAGGGAGUACACCCACAUGGUGACCUUGUUCGGCCAGUGGAAUGACCACGAUCUCACCUUCACGCCCUUCUCGCCCAGCAUUCGCUCCUUCAGCAACGGGUUGAACUGUGACGAGAGCUGCGAGCACAGCGAGCCGUGCAUCCCCAUCCCGAUUCCACCCGGCGACCCUCGCUUGCCCUCAGGCCCUGACAGCUGCAUUCCCGCAUUCAGAUCCGCCCCUGUUUGCGGAACAGGAUACUCGGCCUACAAUUUCGGUGGAGUGGCCAACAAGAGAGAGCAGAUCAACUCGCUGACCGCCUUCCUGGACCUCGGCCAGGUGUACGGCUCUGAGGAGAAGCUCGCCCUGUCUCUCCGCGACCUCACCAACGAUGGGGGCCUGAUGCGAGUCAACACUGAGUUCAAAGACAAUGGACGUGAGCUGCUGCCCUUCCACUCUCUCCCUUCAAACAUGUGCGCAACUCGCGCAAGAGUCACCAACGACACAAACGCAAGGGAGGUGCCUUGCUUCAUUGCAGGUGAUGGACGUGUGGACGAGAACAUUGCUCUGACAUCUAUUCACACACUCUUUGUGCGAGAGCAUAACCGCCUGGCUCGUGCGCUGAAGAGAAUAAACCCACACUGGGACAGUGAGACUCUCUACCAAGAGGCCCGCAAGAUCCAGGGUGCUUACACACAGGUGUUCGUGUUCAGAGACUACCUACCACACAUUGUGGGCUCAGAGGCAAUGCGCAGACAGCUUGGCCGUUACCCCGGCUACAAUCCCAAUGUUGACCCCAGCAUCGCUAACGUCUUCGCAACAGCAGCGUACCGCUUCGCCCACUUGGCAAUCCAACCGUUUUUAUCCCGUCUGGAUGAAAACUACAGGGAGAACAAUCAGUUCCCCAACGUCCCCCUGUUCAAGGCCUUCUUCACCCCCUGGAGAAUCAUCUUUGAGGGCGGAAUUGACCCUCUGCUGCGUGGUUUGGUCGGCCGUCCCGCUAAACUGAACACCCAGGAUCACAUGAUGGUUAACGCUCUGAGGGAGAGGUUGUUCCAGUUUGUGAUGCACCUGGCCUUGGAUCUGGGCUCUCUCAACAUGCAGAGGGGACGAGACCACGGCCUACCUGGCUACAACGCCUGGCGCAGGUUCUGUGGUCUGUCUCAGCCCAGGAACCAGGCCCAGCUGGCCCGGGUUCUGAACAAUACUGAGCUGGCCCGCAAGCUGCUGCAGCUCUACGGAACGCCCGACAACAUUGAUAUCUGGUUAGGAGGUGUGGCGGAGCCAUUUGUCGAGGACGGCCGCGUGGGACCUCUGUUUGCUUGCCUCAUUGCAACCCAGUUCCAGAGGAUCCGCCAAGGUGACAGGAUGUGGUACGAGAACCCAGGUAUCUUCAGUACGAGGCAGAGACAAGCCCUGGCCACUGCCAGGUUAUCCAAGAUCAUCUGCGACAACACUGGCAUUUCAUCCAUCCCCCUGGACGUUUUCAGCGUCGUCUCCAACAGAAACAGGCUCGUCCAGUGUUCCACCAUCCAACGUCUUGACCUGUCGGCCUGGAGGGAGCGCUGUACAGGUGGUAUCUGCAGUAGAGUCCUUGAUGACGAGGAUGUGAACCAGCUGGACCAGGAGGACACUCAGAGCUCUGGCCAGGGCCAGGGCCAGGGCCAGGGCCAGGGCCAGGGCCAGGGCCAGGGACGGGGCCAGGGCCAGGGCCAGGGCCAGGGCCAGGGCCUCCAGGACAAUGAGGUCUAAGAGCAACCCCCCUCCCUGGACCACCGGCAUUCAACAUAAGCACCAUACAGCCAAAGUUUACCUUCUCUGUCUCUCUGGGCGAAUACAACCCAUCUUCACAGAAAGUCAUUUGUUUCCGUCAGGUCGUCUACAACAAACAGAACCAUUACAGUUCACGUGUGUCAUCCCUGGUGUCUAUCAGUUCAGCUUUCACUGCGCAGCCUUCACCGAUUCAGGAAGUGUGGACCUGUGGCAUAACAACGAGCCGUUGCUG